AUGAUAGUUGAGAUUAUCUUAAUAAUGACUAUUAUCAGUUGUCUAAGGAUAACCAUUGCAAAAUUUUGCGUUUCAUUUUGUAAAAUUUCAUUAUUUAUUUUCUAUUUAUCAAUAUCUCAAGGAAACAGUAUUCACCCUUUCAGUGGGAAAACUUUAUGGUCAAUGUGUAUUUUAAACUUCAUCUAUUUAAUGUUGUCAAGAUAUUUUUGA